AUGGCCAGAGAGCGAAAAUCCCUCCUCCCCGCGGCUCCUCAAGAACCCGAAAUCGCUCAAACUACUGAACCAGCAACGGAGGAGACCGUCUACGGAAAUCCGGAGGAGGUGGAGCAAGCGGAGAACAUUGAGACGGCGGCGGCGGCGGAGGCGGAGGCGGAACAGGAGACGGCGGAGAAUCCAUCUCAGGGCACAGUUUCUGAAAAUGGAGAGAAGGCCGCCGAAGGAGAAGAUGAAUUGGAAGAAGAGCCUCUGGAGAAGCUUCUGGAACCAUUUUCCAAGGACCAGCUGACGCUUAUGAUCAAGGAAGCAGUUGCCAAACGUGAUCCUGAUGUGAUGGAGGCUGUGCAUAAAUUGGCCAAUGCUCAUCCUGCACACUGCAAAAUCUUCGUCCACGGCCUCGGCUGGGAUGCCAAUUCGGAGACUAUUACCUCCGUGUUCGGGAAAUACGGAGAGAUCGCGGAUUGUAAGGUUGUCCAAGACAACAACACUGGGAAAUCUAAGGGCUACGGAUUCAUUCUAUAUAAGCACCGCGACGGGGCACGCCGAGCUCUGAAACAGCCUCAUGAGCUGAUUAAUGUAGAAUUUCAAAAAAAGAGUUUGAAUAUAAGUCCGAACGCGGAUAAGAAAAGGCUUCUUCGGGAGAAAGUGGAGCUCAGGCGUGAUCAGGUCGGGCGCAGAGAUCGGGCUUAACAAGGUCGGGUGCAGAGAUCGGGCGCGGAGCUCAGGCGUGAUCAGGUCGGGUGCUGAGUUCGAGCGCGGAGCUCAGGCAUGGUAAGAUCGGGUGCAGAGAUCGGGCGCGGAGCUCCAGCUUGACAAGGUCGGGUGCAGAGAUCGGGCGCGGAGCUCCGGCUUGACAAGGUCGGGUGCAGAGAUCGGGCGCAAAGCUCAGGCAUGAUAAGGUCGGGUGCAGAGGUCGGGCGCGGAGCUCAGGUGUGAUAAGGUCGAGUGCAGAGAUCGGGCGUGAAGCUCAGACGCGAUAAGGUCGGGUGCAGAGGUCGAGUGCAGAGAUCGGGUGUGAAGCUCAGACGCGAUAAGGUUGGGUGCAGAGGUCGGGCGCGGAGCUCAGGUGUGAUAAGGUCGAGUGCAGAGAUCGGGCGCGGAGCUCAGGUGUGAUAAGGUCGGGUGCAGAGAUCGGGCGCAGAAGUCAGACCUGAUAAGGUCGGGCACUGAAGUCGGACGUGAUCAAGUCGGGCUCGAAGGUCGGGCAAUGAGGUGAGAUGUGAUCAGAUCGGGCACGAAGGUCAGACAUGAUAAAGUCGGGCGUUAAGAUCGGAUGUGGUAAGGUCGGGCAUGAAAGACGGACAUGGUCAGGUCGGGGUCAGAGAUUGGGCGUGAUUCGGUCAGGCGAUAAGGUCGGGCACAGAGAUCGGGUGUGAUGAGGUCGGGCGUUGAGGUCAGACGUGGUUGGGUCAAGUACGGAGCAACAGGUGUGCAGGUCGAGCGGAAAAACAGUUUUUGGGCAGUUAGAAGGAAGUUUCAACCGAUGAGCGGAUUUGAAGGCACGAUUUGGUAGUGGCGGUUGACAUCGGUUUUAAAUAGGUCUGUUCGUGACCUAAGAAACCAUCUUUAAUCAACAAAAAUUCAAAAGAAUUACCUUUGGGGAUCACCACUUUAUUUUUCAGUUCGUAGUUUAUUUUCCUAGU